UACUACAUCCCACAUACCCACUCAUUCGUUCCCCCUUCAUCAAAAUGGAUUUCGAGGAAGAUAUCGAGUCAAUUCUGUACAUCGCUCGUGAGAUCUCUGUAUACAAAAUACCGCCCUUGAAAGCCAACGAAGGACAUCGUGCCAACGAAUGGGGGGAUCUUGCCAAACCGCUCUGGAAAGGUCGCCUCCGAAUCAUAGAGACCUCCAAGGGCGUAAGUUUGCAGUUCGAGGAUGCACAAACUGGUGAAGUUGCAGAAUACCAUCCUACGCGGCCCUCCGUCGAGGCUGUCCUAGAUUCUUCUCGAUAUUUCGUUGUGCGCGUCGAGGACGAAGGGAAGAAGGCCUAUAUUGGCAUUGGCUUUGCCGAACGCACAGAUAGCUUCGACUUUAAUGUCGCUUUGCAGGACUACGAAAAGCGUUACAAAGCAAGCCUUAGCCCUCCUUCGACAUCGAGCGAUUCCCCCUCUCCUCACCUGCCCGCAGGGCCAAAGAAGGAUUACAGCCUCAAGGAAGGACAAACAUUCUCCAUCGCAAUCCCUGGCCGCGCUAAAGCCGCCCUUGGAGAGAACCUGUUUGGUUUGGAAACAGGUUCAUCUGAAAGUAGUACGACGGGGAGUGGUGGAGGCGGAGGCGGGUUCCCACUAUUGCCACCGCCUCCAAGCGCAUCUAAACGGAAAUGAGUGAGGCAAAGGAGUGUCUGAAAUGGGAUUCCCGGUAGAACUUGCGGAUGCCCAGCGGUGGUCCUCAUCUUUUUAUAGGACAUGGGGUAGGACUUCUAAGUCUUAGUUCUGAUGUAAAGAUACAGUAUCCGUCACGUGACCGUUGUAUAUAAUCACUUGCCGGGAAUGUUCGUCAUCCCUUCCA